GCUUCGCGGAAAAUUACGCCAGUGGUUUGGAUGAUUACUAGCUAAAUAAGCAGCUUUUUUGGACUUGAUUAAAACCGAGAAAAAUCCCACCGGACGCAUAUCAAAUCGUCUAUUUCAUAUAGAGUUUAGUGUCAUAAAAAUUAAACUAACUAAACUAAAUUUGUAUGGCAACACCUAAUAAAUGUUUAUCAAAUUUGGUUGAUUGCUCGGUGUUUGUUCUUCAAAGGAAAGUGUAAAGCGAGGGAUUAAAAUAUAAAUUUGUACAAAAAAGUUAAUAUAUAUAAAAAUGGCUGAUGUAUUAGAUAUUGAUAAUGCUGAAGAGUUUGAGGUUGAUGAAGACGGUGAUCAAGGUAUCGUACGCCUUAAAGAGAAAGCGAAGCACCGUAAAGGACGCGGUUUUGGCAGUGAAACUACGGUCCGCGAAACAAUACACCAGUAUGAGCGUGUACGGCAUGAAGAUGAUGACGAGCUAGAACCGGGACCACAGCGUUCUGUAGAAGGAUGGAUAUUAUUUGUUACCAAUAUACAUGAAGAAGCACAAGAGGACGAAAUACAGGAAAAAUUUUGUGAUUAUGGCGACAUAAAGAAUAUUCAUCUUAAUUUAGAUCGUCGUACCGGAUUUUCUAAAGGUUACGCACUUGUAGAAUACGAAACGCAUAAACAGGCUUUAGCUGCAAAGGAUAAUUUGAAUGGCACCGAGAUUAUGGGCCAACCUAUACAAGUGGAUUGGUGUUUUGUCAAAGGUCCGAAAAGAAUUAAAAAAUCUUCGGAAAAAAGACGUCGAUGAGUGAAGGAUCGCAUUUUAUUUUAUGUAGAAUAAAGCCGUACACGUAAACAGUAUAUAAAAAAAUAUGUAACAAUGAACUUUUA